AAAUAUAAAUAAAUAUUUCCCAUUUUUUAUUUUCUCAAUUUAAUCACUACAUACAACAAAACUUAGUAACACUAUUGCUUCACGAGUGUUCCAAAUUUUUAAUGCUCCUUUCUAAAAAUAACACACUUUCUUUUCUUUUCUUAACUUAACCACCACCACCACCACCAUGAACCCACCGGAAUUUCCCUCCGGCGGAACUUCAACGCCGUCACCAAAGAAAGAGAUACAAAUACAAGGUACACGUCCACCGCCGCUAAGAGUGAGCAAAGACUCUCACACAAUUACCAAACCACCGCGUCAUCCUGCCGUCCACCAUCAUCCGCCGGCGGGAGCUUCACAACACCGACAACCACUCAUCAUCUACUCCGUUUCUCCAAAAGUUCUCCAUGUCACUGAAAGCAACUUCAUGGACGUUGUUCAGCGUCUCACUGGACCUUCCGCCGGAGAAGAAGCUCCUCAACAAUCUGGCGCGGUUUCGCCGGCGGCGAGACUUGCGUCUAUUGAAAGAACAAGUCCGACGGAGAGAGAAAGAGUUCAAAACACUAUAGACGAAGAUUUGACUUGGUUGUUAGAAGGAUUUGAAAUGGGUCAGUUUCCCGGGAUAUUGUCUCCGGCACCGGCGACUUUACCGCCGAUAUCGCAGGGAUAUUUUUCACCGAUGAAUGAACCGCAAACGACGCCGUUUUGGCAUGAUAUGAGUCCGUUUUGGUAUGGAAAUAGCUUUGUGGCGAGUCCGUCGGGUUUACUUUCAGCCACCGUGGUUUCACCGUUGCCGUCGCCGGAUCUAUUUUCUAUUUUUGACUAAUUUUAAUUUUUGUAUUUUAUUUUUACAGAAAAUGUGUUUUUCUGACUUUUCAUUGAUUAUUAUUAGGAAGGUUGAAAAUUCAACAUUCACUCACUGACUUUUGUGCCAUAUCAGCCACACAAGUUUUGGUUUCUGUGUAUAUUGGUGUGAUUGGAAAAAAAUUAUCAACAAUGUUGGAAACUUUGGUCCA